AAAAAACGUAAACAGAGAAACACCUUUAUCCUCUGUAUCGUCUUCAAUUUUCCCGCACUUUCCCCAACCCAAAGGAAGCAUCUUUUUCUCUUUUUCCAGGAAAAAAAAAUGAGAUGGGAGAGGGUCCAACGUCAAGCGGGUCUCGCUGAUUCUUCUUCCGGGCCGGGAAAGAGAUGGGGACACACUUGUAACGCCGUUAAAGGAGGCAGAUUCGUCUACGUAUUCGGUGGGUUUGGUAGAGACGGUUACUUCACCAGUCAAGUUCAUGUCUUUGACGCUGGGAGGCAGAUAUGGAGUGAGCCGAUGAUGAGAGGGGUACCUCCCUCUCCGAGAGACAGUCACAGCUGCACAACUGUUGGGGAUAACCUUUUUGUGUAUGGUGGUACUGAUGGGAAAUAUUAUCUCAAUGAUCUGCAUGUUCUGGAUACUUCUUCGCAUACUUGGAAAUGCCUUGAAGUUAGAGGUGAAGAACCUGACGCAAGAGAGGCUCAUAGUGCAACGCUUGUUGGCAAACACAUUUUUGUAUUUGGAGGCCGUGGGAAAGUUCCUGGUUUGGAUGAUGAAGUGUACUUUAAUGACCUUUACAUACUUAACACAGAGACUAUCACGUGGCAACGAGCUGUAACAACUGGGACGCGUCCCUUUGCACGAGAUGGCCACACUUGCUCAACCUGGAACAACAAAAUCAUUGUAGUAGGUGGUGAACAUUUCGAAGGCGAGUAUCUCUCCGAUGUUCAUAUCCUUGAUACAGAUACGUUUGCAUGGAAGCAGAUGAAAACUUCAUGGCAGCAAUUAACACCACGAGCUGGUCAUAUCACUGUUGCAAUUGAGAGAAACUUAUUUGUGUUUGGAGGGUUUAGGGAUCCUCAGAGUCUUUACAAUGAUCUCUAUGUGCUUGAUGUUGAAACGGGUGUAUGGUCCAAAAUAGUUGCCAUGGAAGAUAGGCCACCAGCUAGAUUCUCUGCUGCUGCAGUUUGUUUAGGUCCUUACAAGGCUGGUUCCUUUUUCUUUUUUGGUGGCUGCAACAAGAAUCUUGAGCCGUUGGAUGACAUUUACUACUUUCACACAGAUGGUGUAGUCGAAGCACGGUCUGCUCAGACUCGUGGGAGGUUGCCUUUAAGGAAACUAAAAUGCAAAGAGCAGCAGAAAGAAGCUGUGGAGCAAGGGAAAACGGUUUUUCAAGCCAGGGUUACUGAAAACUCCCCCUUAGGUUACUACACUAUAGAAACGAUCAUUGAUGGAAAGGUGCUUCGCGGUGUUUUGCUUUCAAACAGACACCACAGCUCUGUUCAAACGGCUGAUCCAAGCUCUACUAGUAGGCAAGUGUAUUGGUUGUAGUUUCUCUUUUAAGCGCAUUUGUUCUAAAGCAUGUUUGAUUGUCUGCAGGAAAAGGUCUGGUAUGCUGGAUGCUGAUUGUGAUCAUAGAGCCAAGACGCAGAGAACUUUGAGUAAGGAUACAGCAGGUAGUAGCCAACAAGCUGGUCCAGUGGAUCCUUCUGAUGAUGCUUACAAGAAGGCGAAUGUAGAGCCAUUGAGAAACGAGAUGUCAACAGACGUUGGUGCUGGAGGAGAUUCAUCGCCACAAAAGCAAGAUGAGGAAAGAGUUGCUGCAGAAGAUGCAGAACCAAAAUAGUAACCUCAAAGUACAUAAAGGAUCUUUUUGGGUGGUGUACAGUAGCAAGUAGAUGAAGGCAGGGUUUGGUUUGAAUAGCUGAUGUACAGGGGCGGAGGCAGAUAUUUUUUUUGUUGGGGGCAUGAGUAAAAUUAGUUGAUGGAUUAGAAGUAUAUUUGAUCAAAACAAUGGGGGCAUAUUGAAUUUAUUGAGAGAUUUACAUGGAAUUUUAAAAAGUUAUUGGGGGCAAAUGCCCCCCUCUCACACAAUGUGGCUCCGCCACUGCUGAUGUAGAAGAAAGUUGAGGAUGAGUAGAAGAAGCUAACUCUUGUGUUAGGGCCUUUUGUUUUGUAUAUUUGAGGCUCUUCAGUACAAACAGCUUUAACUCUGUUGUUAAUUACCUUUUGGUUUCAAUUUGCAAAGCCUUAUGGUGAGUUUUUGUUUUCUUCUAACAAAUCAUAAACUUUGAGUAGUUACUCUUUUGAAGGUGGUGAAGGCAUUUACUCUUCUCGUGACUCUGUUUCUUCAGAAGUACGUUUUGCAUUAGAGAAAAAAAUUAGUCUAUUUAUUGUCUCUCUCUCAUUGUUUCACCAACUAUAAAGAUUACGUUUGACAUUGGUCUCUCUAAUGACUAAUGACAGUAAAUGUAAAGCGUUGAUCAAUGCAUAUAAUAUGCGCAUGUAUGGUAUGUAUGUGUGUUUAUGCAGAUAAAGAGACAAAAAUGCGAUGAUUACAAGUUCUUGACAAAUCAUUAACGCCGUGAAACCAUGUGCCUCGAUAAUUGAUCAUUCUUAGUCUUUGACCAAGACCACCUUUAACUUUACUUAUGCUACAAUUAAUUUUGCAUAUAAUAUAACUGCAAUGUAGCUUUGAAAAUUGUUAAUUUGUGAUACCAUCAUUCUUGUAUGAUGCGUGCAUUAAUAUAUUGUUGUACACUGUAUACGCAUACACGUAUACAAGUACAGAGAUACCAUUUGGAUCCAACGACAAAGACUAAAUGCUAAAGAAAGUAGUAUAUUAAUUACGAAAUAAUCAUAUAUUGCCAACCGUAAUUAUUUCUCUGAUGAUCAUAUGGUAAUUAUUCAUAACCAUCUCGUUGACGUGUGAUACUUUUGUUUUUAACGAGUAUUUUUGAAAAAAUGAUUUUUUCUUCUAACCAUUCUCGUGCGCAAAAUGUUACAAUUUUCAACAAGCAUUUUUUCAAAGAUAAUAAAUUAAAAUGCAGCCAAAACGAAUUCUAAAUUUCUAAAAUAUGUAUCAUUGGGAGAUCAUGUUAAUGAAAAAUCCAAAUUGUCCUUGUUGGCAAUCCAACCACUAAAGCAUGCACUCUCCAACUAAUUUUGCGACUAAUUAAUUUAUUUAGUAAGUGUAUUUAUAAAUUCAUAGUUUCUCAUUUUCUUAUAAUUUUUUUUUCAUUUUCUUAUAAUACUUGGGAUUUUCCAAUUCCAGUUAUAUUUCCUUUCUUUCAAUAAGUUCAUUGCAACAAAACAAUACAAAAACUAAAAGAAUUCCACUAUAAAAAAUGAACAGCAGUUAUAAUUACUUUAUUAUGUUUAUUACACGACAAUUGAGAUCCUUUAUCUUGAUGUUGUCGCUCGAGACAUUUAAAAGAUACUAGUAUUUUUUUCUUUUUGGUAAAAAAGAUACUAGUAUUUUUAUUGUAAAGUGAUCUGUAAAUUAAAUUUAUAACACAAAGUUUUUUCUUAUUGAAUCAUUUUAAGCUAAUGCGUUUUAGUGAAUAUUAUAUUAUCUUCUUUUUAAUUUAUACUGCUACCAAAUUUUAUUAUUGUUAGUUGAUAAUGACAAGGAAAAGGAACAACAUGAAUAAGGUGGUGAGAUGAAAAAACUACUCUGCAUAUAUAAAGCAAAAGGGAACAUAGAAAAUGACAAGUUUUCAUUUCAAUGAAAGAAAGAAGAAAAGGACGUCUUCUUACAAGAAAAACUGCUGAAGAUGUUAAUGUGUUUACUUGGUUACACAUUGUUUUGUUUUACUUACCUUUGCGGAUAGGUAUUUAAUGCAAUUCCGUGACCUUACCGGCAAAAAUUGAUGACAAAUAUUGCGAUAUUUUUCUAACUAGAUUCAUGUACUGUACCUCUGACUUGUAGAUUGAAAGAUGAAACACCUUUGCUUGCAUUUAAUCAGUGACCAAAAUUAGUGUUAAGAUGAAAUAUAAGUGUGGAUUUGGAUAUAUGGUUCAUAACAAAAAUUUCAUUUGCUCAAUGAAAACAACCUCACUAAGAUGAUUUAUUCAUAAAUUUUAAAGAAAAUGGUGUCAGUUAUGGACAUUUUUUUGAAUUUUUUUUUAAAAAGUUUUUCAGUUACAUAAAUUCUCAACCUUUUUGAAAAUUAUUAGUUAAAUAUUAAUAUAAUUAGUGAGAAACUAAUGUAAAAGUCGACAAAAAAAAAACUAAUGUAAAAA